AAAUCAAGAUAAUGUCCCGUCAGAAGCAAGUGGUGGAGAACGAAACGAGGAGGUCCAGCCCAAAACAAGACUUAUGCUUCGUAUUGACAGAAAAAAAGCAAAAAAAUCGACUCGUGCAAAGGACUUCGGCUUCGCUUUCGCUCCGUACGUACGGCGUCUGCAAUCAAAAGGAAGAUAAGAUGAGGGAGGAGGAACGA